AUGACUAAUUGGAGAAAAGCAAUGGAAGUAUUUAAUACGCAUGUUGGUGGUGUAGCUAGUGCUCACAAUGAUGCGAGAACACAACUUGAGGCUUUUAAAAAUCAACGACAAAGUGUGUCACAUUUGCUACAAGCACAGGGGCGUGAAAUGGAGGUUGCAUAUCGCACUCGAUUAACGACAACUUUAGAUGUUACACGCUUUCUUUUGAAACAAGGUUUGCCUUUCCGUGGACAUGAUGAGUCAUUGAAUUCUUCAAAUAAAGGUAACUUUCUUGAAUUGAUUGAGUGGUAUACCCAAAGAAAUGAUGAGGUUGCCAAGACCAUGAAUGAAAAUGCCCCUGGAAACAAUCAAAUUAAGUCUCCAACAGUUCAAAAGGAUUUAACACGGGCUUGUGCUGCUGAAGUCACAAAUGUCAUUCUUAAUGAUAUAAAAGACAAUAUAUUUUCUCUUAUGGUUGAUGAGUGUCGAGAUAUUUCAGUCAAAGAACAAAUGGGAGUUGUUUUAAGAUACGUGAACAAACAUGGAUGUGUUAUUGAAAGAUUUCUUGCUAUUGUACAUGUGUCUGACACUUCUGCUAUUUCUUUAAAGAAGGCUAUUGAUGAAUUGUUUGCAAAACAUAAGUUGUCAUUAUCAAGAUCGAGAGGUCAAGGAUACGAUGGAGCUUCAAAUAUGCGAGGUGAGUAUAAUGGAUUGAAGGCUCUUAUAUUGAAGGAAAAUUCAUCUGCAAGGUAUGUCCAUUGUUUUGCUCACCAACUUCAACUAGUUGUUGUUGCAGUUGCUAAAAGCAAUCGAAUUGUGAGUGAUUUCUUCCAAUAUGUUACUAUGAUUGUGAAUAUUACUGGUGCUUCAUGCAAAAGAAAAGAUAAGUUUAGACAACUUGAACAUGAUAGACUUGUAGAAUGUUUGGAGAAAGUGCUUGAAAAUGUGUAUGAUGAUGGUACUAAUGAUGAUAAUAGUGGUAUCGCCACCAGUUUAAUUGAUAAGAUGGAGAAUUAUGAAUUUGUGUUUGUGAUGCAUUUGAUGAAAUCUUUAUUGGGAAUCACAAAUGAGUUGUCACUUGCCAUACAACAAAAGGAUCAAAACAUUGUACUGGCUGUCAGUUUGAUCAAGACAAUGAAAGUUCGAUUACAAAAAUUGAGAGAGGAAGGAUGGGAGAAUUUUUUGGACGUCGUCAACAAAUUUUGUAGUAACCACAUGAUUCCAGUACCGAAUAUGGAAGAAAAUAUGAGAACUCGUGGUCGCAGUAGACGUAAUGGACAAAUGAUUACUAAUUUUCAUCACUAUCGUGUUGAAAUUUUUUAUCAGGUUCUUGAUAUGAUGGUUCAAGAGAUGAGUAAUCGGUUUUCAGAAUCAAGUACGGAGGUACUUACUUGCAUUGCUUGCUUAGAUCUAAAGGACUCUUUUUCUCAAUUUGAUAUUGGAAAGCUACUCCACCUUGCUGAACUUUAUCCGGAGGACUUUUCAUUGACUGAUCGUGCAAUACUUGAGGACCAACUUGAGACUUACAUUCAAAAUAUACGAGGUGAAUUUUCUAUGAUUGAAGAUUUGGGAAGUCUUGCUAAAAAGAUGGUUGAAACGGGGAAGAAUACAAUUUUUCCAUUGGUAUAUCGUUUGAUCGAGUUAGCAUUAGUUUUACCAGUUGCAACUGCUUCUGUUGAAAGAGUUUUUUCUGCGAUGAAAAUUAUCAAGACUGAUUUGCGUAAUAGGAUGGGGGAUGAGUGGAUGAAUGACAGUUUGGUAGUAUACAUCAAGAAGGACAUUUUGCUACAAUUGAAAAUGAACAAAUUUUACAGCAUUUUCAACAGAUGA